UCAUCAUGUGCUGUCAUACAUCGGCCGCCUUUUUGCCCUUUAAUAAAAAUAAAGACGUAUUUUUGCUGCAGCUCUGAUGCUAACACGUCCUCUUCCUCCUUGGAGCUCCUCUACCUCAGCCGGGAGUACCCCAAAGGUGGCGAUUACUUCCGGGACCGUCUGAGAGCGGCGUUUGCCAGGAACAAGGCGGUGGAGGACCCCAAGCAGAUAAAGGCCCUGAUCGCGCGUGGCGAGUACAUGGCCCGGGAGCUGGAGGCACUUUACUACCUGAGGAAGUACAGAGCGAUGAAGAAGUGCUACUACGAGGACUAAACUGCGACGAUGACACGAACGGCUCUGAGGUUUA